UUAAUAGAGAAAGUAUGCAAUGCAUACUGCUCAGCUACAACCCCCAAUUAUACUGCAACUGGGGUAUUCGUGACUGGACGUCUGGGGGGAUCACACACAUUUCCGAUUAGAGGAGAGAGGGAGAGAGAGAGAGAGUUUACCCUUUCAAUCCAACCAAUGAGACGGUCGAUACUCAGAGAUUUUCAGAGUUGUGCAGGAGCACAAAGUGAGCUGACCGUGUGUGAACUUCCAGGUAAAGCUAGAACCGUCUCAAGCCCUUGAGGCUGCUUCUCCAGGCUUUGAUGCCCACACUCUUUGAAGCAGGUGGACAGACACAGGCAUGAGUAAUCGUGGGACCAAAGAGCCGUCUCCCGAGCCGAGCACUGCCCAGUCUCCUCCUGAGCCUCAGCGCAGGGGCAGGGGUCGGCCCCGGAAACAGCAGCAGGAGCCUGUUGGGCCACCGACUCCGAAGAGACCGAGAGGACGACCCAAAGGCAGCAAGAACAAAGGCCCCAAAACUGCACUGAAGAAAGUAGAGCCCGUUGGUGAGAAACGUCCGCGUGGGCGACCGAGGAAAUGGCCCCGGAAAGUAGUACAAGUAGCUGAAGAGCAGCAGGGCUCUUCAGAAGAGACUGAGGAUGAUCCCUCGCAGCUCGAGCCUCAGACAUCUCAGGUUCCAGCGCAGGAGGAAGGGGAGUAGAUGGGAUGCCUUUCGACCUACCUCAAGGUUUGGCCUCAAACAAACAGGGGUCUGACCCCUUUCUGUGAUGGGAAUUCAGGAACACACACAUAACCACACAAAAAGAAGUCAUUGCAGACAGUUGUUUCUUCUCCCGAUAUGAUACUGUACCCUGGUUUUAUUAGUUCGCUGUCAGAGUUUGAUGAACAAGCUCUGUUUUUACUUCGAAUAAUUUGAUCUUUCAAAAUAGCUUUUUUUUAGCAAAUAGUUUGACAUUUUGGGAAUUGUGCUUGUUCACUUACACCAAGAGUUGCAUCAAAAGAUUGAUACCAAUCUCAUAUCUGUACGGUUAAUAUUAAGCUACUACCAGAAGCUGGUUAGCUUAACUUAGCAUAAAGACUGAUAGCAGUUUUUAGUUAAUUGUUCACACAGUUACUGCAAUGUGCCUUUCGAGUUUUAAAUGUGUAAGGUCAAAUGUUCAACUUCAGACUGUCCAGUCUGAAUGCUACGCUUAAGAUUCAUUGUUUUUUAGAAAUCUUCUUAUCUAACUUUUGGAAAGAUUGCCAAGAAGCGUAUUUACCCAAAAGGUCAAACUAUUGCUUUAAGGAUGCCCACUCUCUUAACCUCUCUGCUUGUCUCUGAGCGGGUGUGUGGACAGGAUUGUGGGUUAAAAUUGAGAGAAAAAAGGAACUAACCUUGACUGUUUUAUUGAAAAGAAAUCUAAAUCAAGUGUCAUGAAUUCUCAUAUGAAAUGGGAGCAAGAUGGUGACAUUUUUAGUGAUGUUACAAUAUAAACAUGGUGCUCUGAAGUAAUUAUUAUAAAAGUAGACGUGAAAGAUUUUAUUCCAAAAGGAGAUAUCCAGUUUGGGAGAAAAUAAAUGUCUUAUGUUCAUUACUCAAAGUUCAAAAGUAAUGCAUAACAAUUGCCAAUGUAGGCAAGAGUUGGCUUAGUAACCUCAAUGAUUGUAUUUCCUCUUCCACCCUCCAGCAAGUAAAAAAGCACCCAAAGGUUUAUAUGGAUGUCUUGUUUUGGAAAGAAACCCUUCAUAUUUACUUUAGUCAACAACAUUGUUGACAUGUCAUUUUACCACACUCAGGAUUUUACUAUUACAGUGCUUUUACACCAUAUUGAAACCUCAGGUACUAAACUAUUCAGGAACAUGUUGUCAGUCUACUCAGUAAAAAUGAUUGUGCUGUGUU